CUCCUCCCCUCCCGGCCCCUUAGCGCGUGAGUGGCUUGCUGCUUCUCCGCCCUCCGAGAUGGCGCUGGACCCCGCAGGAUUGUAGUAAAAGCUCUUGAGUGACGUUGGCCUAGGAUGAGCCUGGAACUGGCCAGAUCGUUGGAUUGACUCUGGUCGAUUGAACCAGUGGAUCACCUAAAAAUGUCUUGCUGUUUUUAAACAUAUUUGGAGCCACCCAGAGCCCUGCUUGCCAUCGGUUUUUACUUACCUUGCUGUCCAGAGGUCGAGCUUCCUGGGCUUUGAGUCCUUUUAGAUGUCCAAGCAGCAUCUGAGACACGUCGAGAAAGAUGUUCUGAUCCCAAAGAUAAUAAGAGAAAAGGCCAGAGAAAGGUGCUCCGAACAAGUUGAAGAUUUUACCAGAUGUUGCAAGGACUCUGGGAUCCUUAUGGUAUUAAAAUGCCGGAAAGAGAAUUCUGCACUGAAAGACUGUCUAACUGCUUACUAUAAUGAUCCAGCCUUCUAUGAAGAAUGCAAACUGGAGUAUCUCAAGGAAAGGGAAGAAUUCAGAAAAACUGGAGUUCCUACCAAGAAGAGGCUGCAGAAGCUUCCCACAAACAUGUAGGCAAAGCGCUCAUCAGGAAGUCCCGUCUUACGGAAGCCAGUUAUCACUUAACCCAGAAAUGAUGGACUGAAACAAUGUUUGCUCACCCUGAUCAUGAAAAUAUUGAGUUUUUAAAAAUAAAAUACAAAUAUUUAUUUCAGAGUUCUGAUUUAUUAAAUAUGAAAUAGGGGAAAAAAAAUAUAUUGUUCUCCUGGUCUUACCCCAAGUACUGUAACUCUGACUGCAAUCACAGUGCUAACUGUCAUAGAGUUUCAUGUGUACAUUUCCUUCUGAUGGUGCAGGCUGAUGGCUAGUGUGGGAAGAAAGGACUAAAGCAAAGGAGGAAUGGAGCGCCUUCAACACUGCUAACGGCAGCAGUGAACCAGAGCCUUCUUCACUCUACCCCUUAGUGUGCCAGCCACUGUGGCCAGCAGUCUCUUACGGCGAUAACUUAGCCAGCACUGCCAUCAGAGGCUUAUGUGAAAACAGAUGAGAUUUGGUGAAUUAUUUUACUGAAACCUUUGACAGAAAAGUUUCUGCAUUGUUUCUUGAUCUUUUGAACUUGGCUACUGAAAAUACUGUAUAAUCUUGGAUUUUAAGAAGUUGGCAUUGUUAGUGUGAACUUCUGUUUUGUGAUAUUGGGGGUUUGGGAGGAACUGUGGUAAGUUUCUCUUUUAGUGUGUUACCCUAGUCUGAGCUUUUUAUAUUAAAAACUAUUUUAAAAAAACCAGGAAGGCAAGAUUUAACUUUGGCUCCAAUCCUAUGAAAAAAAUUUCUCAUUCAAAUGAAAUGAACCUAGUCAAUGAAUGCAUGUUCAAGCUUCACAGUGUACUCACCAAAGAACUACUUUACUUUUGUUUGAAACUCAAAGAACCCAUUCUCCCAAAGCACAGAUCAACAGAAGGUGACUGGAGGCCAAGCAGAGCAAACUCAGGAAGAUACUGCAGCACGGGGAAAGGCCAAGCAGCCCAUUAUCUCUGCGCUGGCCUUGUUGGCACUGGCACAUUUCUAUUGGACAGGGCUACAGUUGUUUUCAGUGACUCAAAGAAAAGGUACAGUUACUACAAGAAGCCAGUGACAUAGUAACAAGAUUUCUGUUGUGUGUCUCGAAACCAGUAGGUACUAGAUAAACUGUGUUCCCAUUCACCGCUUGCCUGACUAGUGUACCUGCUGCAGAUGUGUCUUUGGAUCCCCGGUUUUUACAGGUUCAUGGGGCAGUUCUAUUUUGGCGUUGGCUCAAUACAAUAAAGGACCAAGAGGAAGGAG